GCCGACAUAUAAUUAAUAUAUAUAAUUUUAUAAAAAAAAAAAAACAUUUUUGGACGAGAAGAGAAAGUCUUAAGUCGAAGUUAGAACAUUUUCAGUUGAUAUGCUUUUGUAAAAUAGAGUUAAGGUAAAAAAAAAAAAUUGUCCGUCAGUGAACCGAAUAGAGGACGAGUUUUAAGUGAUGCUUUUGUCGGUUUUAGAAACUCUACCUUAUCAUUGUGAUGAAAAAAAUAGACACAUGAAAUAGCAUUAAUUAUAUAAACUAGAAACGAUCUGUAUGCAUUACUGUUAGUUUUUUUCCUCUCUUGUUUUAAGGACAGUGGUAUGGAAUCAAUAGAUACAAAUAUUAUCAGCAACUAUGACAACCAGUUCAAAGAAACAAAAAAUGACUGUGAUGUUCCAACACUUUUAAUACGAUGUCAAAACGUUAUUGUGUCUAAUAUUACCAUUUCUAAAGCAGUUAGUUUGAUUUCAUUCGUAAAACAAUUUUCACUUGACAGGCUGUCCGAUGCAGUAUUAGAAUGCAUAUCAGAGAACUUCCAAACUGCAGUUGAAAAUGGAUUGUUUCAUAAAUUACCACAUAAAGACUUUAAAUUUUUGUUGAAUAAUGAAAAAUUGACCGUUUUCAAACAUGGAAUACCAGUUGAAAAUUAUGAAGCAUGUAUCCUUGCUUCAUUAGGUAAUUAUUUGUCUGCUAAUAAUGUGGAGAACGAAAAAUUAGUCGAGGACUUAUUAAACGCCAUCCGUUUUUCGGAUAUACCAUCAGAUAUGUUAGAGAGUAUGACAAAUGAAUAUACAGUCUUUCAUGCUUUUAAGGCACGAAUAUGCACAACACAACGAACGACAACACAGGUUAGUAGAAAGUAUUCUAAAUCCGAAAGAACUUUAGUUAGCUAUCAAGAGUAUGCUUCCAUUCCCAAAAUGUAUUUGGAAAAAUAUGGAUUUGGAAUUGUCAGUUGUUUUAAUGAUUCUGAAUUGAUUGAAAUAAAUGACAGACCUCUAACAAUCGGAGUAUGGAUUGUAAAAUGGGAAGGUAUUGAUCUUGUAGGUGGGUUACAUAUUCAUUACCAAAGUGGUAAACAUCUAGUUCAUGGAACAAAACCUGCAAGACAUGAUAUUGUAAACGAAAAGGAAUUCACUCUUUACGAAGAAGAAGUUGUGACUAAGAUCAACAUAUGGCAUGGUAUGUUUAUUGACAGUAUUACUUUCUUUACAAAUAUGCGCCGUAAAUUUGGCCCAUAUGGUGGAGGAGGAGGGCACAGAACCGAUUGGGAUAUACCACCCGGCAAACACGGCUAUUUUCAUUCGUUUAAGGGCAAGGUAGUUAAGCAUAGAUAUGCUAAUUCUGUAGCAUAUUUACAGUUUAACUGGAUUGCUUUUGGGAAAGAUGGUUAUGGGGAAAUUUUGCCCACUGGAGAUUUGUUUAGUACUGAAAGAACACAUGGGUUAGAAGAAAUUGAUAGAAUAAUGGAUAUAGAUUAAAAAACGAACAAUGAUUAUUUUCUCCUUUAUCUAGUGUGAAAGCAAUUUUGAUUACCUUCCAUUGAAAUUUAAGCUUUUCAUAAUGCUCUUUAAGUCAUGUUGUUGUCUCUUUAACAUAUUCCCCAUUUCCAUUCUCAAUUUUAUUACUCCCCAAGUUGUUAACUUCUUAUAUUUGUGUAAAUUUUCAACAUAAAAGUACGACACUGUACGGUGACUACCGAAGCGAACAAUUAUCAAAUGGGAAGAGCAAAAACAUAUGUGAUAUAGUGAUUGAUGGAUUGAUGAAUGUUUUACAGGUCCGAUAAUAACUACUACUUGCAUUAUCAUGAAUUCAACAUAAAUUGCGAUGUGUAUAUGAAUUCUGCUUUUCACUAGAACACAGACCCACUAAUAUAACUACAAAGGGACCAGUCAGUCUAUGCUCUUACUGCUAAACGAAAGAAACAAUAAAUGUAUGACUUCGACCAGACUCCGGAUACGAAUAAGAAUAUGGAGAAAUACGGGGUCGAUCGAAAAAUAAGAAAACAUUAUAACAAAUUUCAUUUCCUUUGAAAUAAGAGUAUUUUUAUGACUUAUAUAUAGAUAAGAACUAGUUCCACUAGUUCUACAACAGUGCAUUUUAUAAUGCAUGAGUCAGGAGAAUAAUUUAGGUGGUUUGACUAGUAGUGGGGUUAUAGAACUAUAUAAAGUUUGGGAUUUAAAAGUAUCGGAGGUGCUCGCAGUUACCACGAUUCGAAGUUUUUAAGAUUUGUACAUAGUUGCUGUAACGUUUAUGAUGUCCAAUACAGGCUCUGACCAUCAUGAUGUGAGACAAAACAAUAACAAGGAAAAUACAUCAUUACUGCUGAUGGUGCAGAGUCGUUUUUAACUGUUUUAAACAGCAAAAAAAAACAAAAAAACAAAAACAAUUUGGUCGACCUAUUCCGAAGCCGUUUUGUACAACCAAGAUGUUGUGUUAGAAAGAAAUCGUAUUCAAUUGCUAUUCAACACAGAAAGAUCUUUUGAGAUUUUAAAGAUAUCGUAACUGAUUAAUUCUAAGUCAUACAUGCAUGCGUUGGAGGUAUUAGCCGAGGAGAAAAACACGUUACCAAAGAGAAAUAAAAUUCUCAAAAUCGGCAAUUAACAUUAAUGGAACACCGUCAACAAAUACCUUAAUAGUCCUUUGCCUGAUGAUAAAAAAGGAACAGAUAAUUUUGCAUUCUGCUCUUGCCAGUGCAUCUAGAAAAUGAAUAUCUAAAGAAAGUAUGACCAGCUUAGCAACAAAUCUUAAGAACAUGGAAAUAAAUGCAACGCAAAGAAUUUUUCGUGGGAUUGGUCAAAACAGUGGAUUUUAUGGCGAUCACAGAACAGCGCCGGAAAAUGCGUUUACUGUUAUCAACCAAGAUAUUUCGCCAAAGGUUCUGUUCAUUCAAUCAAAAGUCAGCACUGCCCCUACGAAACAGGCAAAGAGACAGUAAAGAGCAGACUUCACAAGACAAUACAACAAAUGAGAUUCAAUGGAAAUAGUUUGAAGAUUAGCAAUGAUUCAAGAUUUGCCAACAUUGUUACAGCAUUAUCCAUAAUCGUGGAAACGUCUAGUUAAAGGACUACUGUUACAAAACAUUAUUUUGGAAAAUAUUGAAUUUGGUGUUCCGAGAGUCGACUUGAAUAUUCUCCAGCAACUUCUAUCCUUGUUUGUUUGUAUAUCGGUACUUUGAUACGACAAGGUAUUAAGUUAACAUGUCUGUUCUAUAAUCAAUAUUUAUUCUAUUAAAUGGUAUCAUGACAUUAACUUGAAUACAAUACAUAUUCUCA